GGCGGAAAAUUUGCGAGAGUAGCGCGGGAGCUGAGAAGUUGGAGGGUGGCGUUUGUCCCGGCAAGGCCUUGAGCAGUUUGUUCCGCUGUCUUCCCGCUUCCUGGUGCCCCGACUGCGUCCCCACGAACUCCCCGUCCUUACCGCCGGCUGCUGUGGAGUGCCUCGCUGUCUCCCAGGUCCCCGAGUUCCUGGUUUCAGAGAAGAUGACCGAAGAGCUGGAUUUCGUGGGACAGGACUCUGAUGGGGGUAGUGAGGAAGUGGUCCUGACUCCUGCAGAGCUCAUUGAAAGGUUAGAGCAGGCCUGGAUGAAUGAAAAGUUUGCCCCUGAGCUGCUGGAGAGCAAGCCUGAGAUUGUAGAAUGUGUCAUGGAACAGCUGGAGCACAUGGAAGAAAAUCUCAGGAGAGCCAAAAGGGAGGACCUGAAGGUCAGCAUCCACCAAAUGGAGAUGGAGAGGAUCCGCUACGUCCUCAGCAGCUACUUGCGGUGUCGCCUCAUGAAGAUAGAGAAGUUUUUCCCUCAUGUCCUUGAGAAGGAGAAAACACGUCCUGAGGGGGAGCCUUCCAGCCUCUCGCCGGAAGAGUUGGCGUUUGCCAGAGAGUUCAUGGCGAACACAGAGUCCUAUCUGAAAAAUGUCGCCUUGAAGCACAUGCCCCCUAACUUACAGAAGGUGGACCUCUUUCGGGCAGUUCCCAAACCAGAUCUAGAUUCUUACGUGUUUCUGAGAGUGAGAGAACGACAAGAAAACAUACUGGUAGAACCAGACACAGAUGAGCAGAGUUGCUGCUGGCCUGGGGACCACAUUGAGUGACGGCUCUAUGUCUUCAUGCCUCCACCUGCUGCCCUGUACAUGUCCGACUGCACGGAGCACUUUACAUCCUCUAAAGCCACAGUAAAUUGCUCCAUUUCCUAAGUUACCUCUUCAAGAGAAGACUGGUUUUGAUAUGUCAUUUUUAAAUAAAGGAGAAGUUGAAUUUCAAAACCAAGUGGAACAGGAAAUUAUGUGGCUUGGUUGACAUUGAUUUUAACAUUUGGUUCAUGGUGAGUGUUUUGCUUUAUUGUUAAAAAGUCGCCGCUAAAAGCAUGACAGAACAUUUUAUCAAAUGAUGGUGUCAUCCUUUACCGUAAGCUUGCCCCUAGCAAGACAGCUCUUCCUGAGACGUGCUCGCAGGCCCCGACGUGGGUUUUCCCACCGCAGUCAUCAUCCGUCAUCUGUGACCUUGCUGCGUUUACUCCAUGCUCACACCCCAGCAGCCCGCCUGGCUUUGGCAUCGCCCUCAGAGGCAUCAAACUUGCCCUGCUGCGAUGUACAAGAGUUAGCCAGGAAGCUUGCAGAGUGCUUUGAUUUUGUUUUUGUUUUUUUGAGAUGUCACCCUGGCUGGAGUGCAGUGGUACAAUCUCAGCUCACUACAACCUCCGCCUCCUGGGUUCAAGCGAUUCUCCUGCUUCAGCCUCCCAAGUAGCUGGGAUUACAGGUGCACACCAUGACACCCAGCUAAUUUUUAUAUUUUUAGUAGAGAUAGGGUUUCACCAUGUUGGCCAGCCUGGUUUUGAACUCCUGACCUCAAAUGAUCUGCCUGCCUUGGCCUCCCAAAGUGCUGGGAUUACAGGUGUGAGCCACCAUGCCCAGCUGCAGAGUGCAUUUUUAAGCAAACACAUCAUAUGUCAAUUUUUCAUGUAGUGUUCUUUAAGUAAUUUAUCUUGGGAAGCCAAAUAUCCCGUUCAGAAUUCUGUAAGAACUGAUUUUUCAAAUGUAUCUAAUCAACUAGCUAUGAAAGCCCUCUCAUUAUAUUGUCCAAAAAAACUUUGUUUUUUAAAAAAGCAAAAUCAGUAUUCUGUACUUAUUUAACAGAUUUGGUUUCAAAUAGCUUGGCUAUUUCCGAAAAAUCGGAUAUUCAUUCCAUGGCUAAGAAACAACUACUGGGUAUAUUCAAAGAGAUGUACCAGCCCAGGCUUGGUGGUUUACACCUGUAAUCCCAGCAACUUUGGGAGGCCAAGGUGGGAGGAUCGCUUGAGCCCAGGAGUUCCAGACCAGCCUGGGCAACAUAGUGAGACUCUGUCUCUACAGAGAAUAAAACAAUUAGCCUGGCGUGCUGAUGUACAUCUGUAGUCCCAGCUGUUUGAGAGGCUGAGAUAGGAGGAUUGCUUGAGCCCAAGAGGUUGAGGCUGCAGUGAGCUAUGAUUGCACCACUGCAAUCCAGUCUGAGUGACAGAGCAAGACUCUGUCUCAAAUAUAUGUGUGUGUGUGUGUAUAUAUAUAUAUAUAUAUAUAUAUAUAUAUAUAAAAUUCUUUUUUUUUUUUUUUUUUUUUUUGAGAUGGAGUCUCACUCUGUCACCCAGGCUGGAGUGCAGUGGCACGAUCUCGGUUCACUGCAACCUCCGUCUCCCAGGUUCAAGUGAUUCUCCUGCCUCAGCCUCCCAAAUAGCUGGGACUACAGGUGCGUGCCACCACACCCCGCAAAUUUUUCUGUAUUUUUAGUAGAGAUGGGGUUUCACCGUGUUAGCCAAGAUGGUCUUGAUCUCCUGACCUCGUGAUCUGCCCGCCUUGGCCUCCCAAGUGCUGGGAUUACAGGUGUGAACCACCACGCCUGGCCAUAUAUAUAGGAGAUUCUGCAGGCAAUGAGAAUAUUUAAUUUACCAAGUUUACUAUGCAUGAAGCUCUUUUUGUUUUUGAGACAGAGUCUUGCUCUGUUGCCCAGCCUGGAGUGCAAUGUCACAAUCUUGGCUCACUGCCAUCUCCACCUUCCAGGUUCAAGCAAUUCUGCCUCAGCUUCCUGAGUAGCUGGGAUUUACAGGCACCUGCCACCACAUCCGGCUAAUUUUUUUGUUUGUUUUUUGUUGUUUUUUUUUUUUGUAUUUUUAGUAGAGAUGGGCUUUCACCAUGCUGGCCAGGCUGGUCUCGAACUCCCGACCUCAGGUGAUCCGUCCACCUCAGCCUCCCAAAGUGCUGGGAUUACAGGCGUGAGCUACCGUGCCUGGCCACAUCAAGCUGUUUUUAAAGUAGAUUAACUUGUAUAUCUCCACAGCAAACCUAUGCAAGGAAAAAUUUGAGAUUUUAGAAUGGGCAAAACAUUACUGGCUAUCCUUUCAAUGUAAUGCUUGAUCCCUGUGCGCUGUGUGCCCAUGUCUUUAAAUUUUACAACUCUGUAGAGGUACAAGUUGAUUUAUAGAAAACUUAUAAUGAUGUGAAUAUUUCCUCUCUUGCUAUGCAAAUGAUUCCUGCCAAUGGCAAUGUAAGUGAAUUUUGUCCUGUUGAGAAUAAGUAAAACCCCCAUUUGAUUGGAUGUUUUUUGUUUUGUUUUAAUUUGGUGGGACAUAGUCUCGCCCUGUUGCCCAGGCUGGAGUGCAGUGGCAGUCUCGGCUCGCUGCAACCUUUGCCUCCCGGGUUUGAGUGAUUCUCCCGCCUAAGCCUCCCCAGUAGCUGGGACUACAGGCAUGUGCCACCACACCUGGCUAAUUUUUGUGUUUUUAGUGGAGACGGGGGUUUGCCAUGUUAGCCAGGCUGGUCUCGAAUUCCUGGGCUGAAGUGAUCCACCUGCCUUGGCUUCCCAAAGUGCUGGGAUUACAGGCAUGAGCCAUGGCAUCUGGUGAGCUUUGAUACCAGACUUCUUUGCUGAAGGCCACAUCACUUCAAAGUAGAGAUGUGAUCAGACCCCAGUGAGGCCAGGGCACCUGAGUCCAUCCUUUUCAUCUUACUGUAAUCUUUCUUUCCACAAAAGAAAAGAAGAUCCAAAAAUGUUUUUAGCAACAAUAGCUUCACUGGAAUAAGGUCUCAUAUUCGAAAAAGACUCAUUUGAGGGAAUAACCACUACCAUUCACGUUGCUUUAGAAGAGGUGGCAUUUUUCUCAACAUAGCUUUCUGUUUUAACCAGGUCCUAUUCUACGUAACACAAUGCUGACAAAUUCUGCCUAGCUUGUUAAGACAAGGAAAACCACUCGAAAUAAAGCCAGCACACAAUUACCUAA